CUUGGAAGCUCAACCGUGUCUCUUGUCUUCUUUCUUGCUCUCUACAUACCUGGUUUCGUCCUUGUUGCUGCUUGUUUAGACCUCGCUAUACCAUACCCUGCUACUUAGCUAUUUGUCCGUUCGUUCGUUUGUUUGUUUGUCUGUCUGCUUGGAAGCUCGUCUUGCGCGUCCUUGACGUACCUGGCUACGGUACUCGGCCUCGACCUACCUACAACACUCGGCCUCGACCUACCUACCUCCAUACCAACCCACCGCAGCCAUCGUCAACAUGACCAGCGCCGAAGAAGCCUCCAGCGCAGACAAGGCCGCGCCGCCCGCCGCCGCCGCAGCAGACAAAGCCGUAUCGCCCACCCCUCAACCACACACGCAAACGCAAACGCAGCGCCUACGCGCCCUCCUCACGCACACGCUCCGCCGCACCGACACGACGCUGCUGCGAGCAUCAGCGCUGCUCGCCACGCCCGCCGGCAUCGACAGCACGCUCUGCACGCUGUCGUACACGCUCACGCUCGUGCACGCGCGGCUGCGGGCACGGCUGACAACACGCCUGUACAAGCUCGCGCUGGGCAUGGCGGCGAAAGCGAGCGACGCGCUGCUGCCAGGGGAGACGCUGGUGGCGACGCUCGCGCAGCCCGCCAGCAUGCGCCGGCUUGGGCGCGCGGCUGAGGCGCUCGAGAAGUUCGCGGGCCUGGUGUCGGAUUUCCGCGUCUUUGUAAGGCUCUGGGGAAUGCUGGACAUGUAUGUGUGGGCGCGGGGGACGUGGGUGCAGCCGCCGAGGGAUGGCGUUGUUAAAGCUGUUACGUGGGCGCAGGUGCUGGUGAAUACCGCGUACCAGGUGCUGGAGAACGGGGCCUAUUUGGCGAGUAAGGGCGUCUUGAACAGUGAGGGCUGGAGCGGCGAGAGGGGUGCCAAGAGGCAAGCUAGCUGGUGGGUCUGGAGUUCACGGUUUUGGGCUGCGCAUGUGGCGCUGGAGUUUGUGCGGCUGGGGUGGGAGUGGCGGCGGGAGGUUGUGGUGGAGCGGGAGAGGGAGCGGGAGGGGGAGGGAGAGAAGGAGGGAGAGAAGGAGGGGGAGAAGAAGGGCAUGCAAAGCGGACAGGGUGAGGGCAACGACGCCGACGCGGUGCAGGCUGCCCGGCUGCGCAGAGAGGUCGAGACGGCGGCGUGGUGGCGCCAGCUGGUCAGCAACCUGGCGUACGCGCCGUUGACGGUGCACUGGAGCGUGGAGGAGGGCGUGGUGAGCGAGGCGUGGGUGGGCUUCCUGGGCAUGGUGGCUGGUGGGGCGGGGUUGCGGGAGCGGUGGAGGCAGACGGCCGCGGUCGUUGCUGCUUGAGGAGUGUUGCUCCGACAGGAGUGUUGCUCCGACGGGAGGGGUGAUGCGUUGUUGUUGUUGUUUGGUGGUGCUGAACACGCAGCUCUGCAGACCGCAUCGCCUUCGAAUCCAUCCUUCCGUCCAUCUCCUCAUGUGAGAAUCUGCCACCACCCAGAGUCUAGAAGCCGUUCGAACGCCCAUGUUCCCAUAUUCCCAUGUUCCCACCGCUGCGGAGCUACAGCAUCACUCACCAAGCUUCCAUCCCACCCCAUCACGGGCCGCUGUCGCAAGCAGACAAGCCGACAAGACCCACAGCACAGCACAGCACAAGACAGCUCGAGCACCCAGCUCUCGUAGAAACGAAACAAACAGUGGCGAUUUCGUC